GAGAAUUUGGUGCAUCAGUCAACAGAGCUGCAUUGUAUCAAGCAAAAUGUCCAAUUCCUACUAUUCUGGUUAUAAGACGGCAGGAAACGUGGAAUUUGUCCGUACUGGAUAUGGGAAGAAUAUAGUAAAAGUUCUGUAUUUCAGAAGAGAAGGAAAGCAACAUUAUAUCAAAGAAAUUGAGGUGAAUGUCGACCUUACUCUCAAGACUGUAAAGGACUACAUAUAUGGAGACAAUGCAGAUGUUAUUCCUACUGACACGAUGAAGAACACUGUUCAUGCUUUGGCUAAACUGAAAGGGAUACAAACCAUUGAAGAGUUUGCCCAAGAUAUUUGUGAACACUUUCUAACUUCAUUUCAACAUGUUUCACGGGCGAUGGUCCAUAUAGAGGAAAUUCCCUGGAAACGUCUGGAGAAAGAUGGUGUUGAACACGUGCAUGCCUUCAUUUGCAACCCCAAAGGAACUCAUUUUUGUGAAGUGGAACAAUUCCAGAAUGAACCACCAGUGGUUCAUUCUGGAAUCAAGGACAUGAAGGUCCUAAAAACAACGCUGUCUGGGUUUGAGGGCUUCCGAAAGGACAAGUUCACCACUCUACCCGAAGCGCGAGACAGAGUGUUCGCUACUGUGGUGUACGCCAAAUGGCGUUACAGCAGAACAAAGAAUGUUAACUUUGAUUCUGCCUGGAAAACAGUGAAGGACUCGAUCAUCGAGGCAUUUGCUGGUCCAUGCAACUCUGGUGUCUUCUCUCCAUCAGUUCAGAAAACGCUCUACGAUGCUCAGUGUUUGAGUUUCAGUCGAAUUCCUGAGAUCGAAGAAAUUGAGGUGAUCAUGCCCAAUAAACAUUACUUUAUAAUAGAUAUGGAGAAGCUUGGCAUUGCUAAGAAUAAUGAGGUUCUGUUGCCUGUGGACAACCCCUCAGGGAAUAUUACGGGAACCCUGAGGAGGCAACUUGUAUCCAAGCUGUAGCAACUGCCGAAAGAUGACAGUGAAUUUCGAAUUCAUGAUAUACUCGAUUAAAUAUCUGAAUUAAAAGAUU